UGCAGCGCUGAGAGAGGAAAAAGUGGGAGGGAGAGAGGAGAGAGACAGAGGGGGAGAUGGAGGUGGAGAAGAUGAGAACAACAAUGGAGUGUUCCAAGGAUGAUCGUGAUCGUGACGGCUGCGGCGGCGGAGGCGGAGGCGACGACGAUGUUCCGCUCCCCGGGUUCCGAUUCCAUCCGACGGACGAGGAGCUGGUUGGGUUCUAUCUUCGCCGGAGGGUUGAGAAGAAACCCAUCAGUAUUGAGCUUAUCAAACAUGUCGAUAUCUACAAAUACGACCCUUGGGAUCUUCCAAAGGGUAGCAAUGUGGGAGACAAUGAAUGGUACUUCUUCUGCAAAAGAGGAAGAAAAUACAGGAACAGCGUAAGGCCCAAUAGAGUCACAGGGUCCGGGUUUUGGAAGGCUACUGGCAUCGACAGGCCUAUUUAUUCUUCUGGUGGAACAUGUGGAUGCAUUGGGCUCAAGAAAUCUUUGGUAUACUAUCGCGGUAGCGCCGGGAAAGGCACAAAAACUGAUUGGAUGAUGCACGAGUUUCGCCUCCCGGCUGAUCAUGACACCAAAAGCACCAAACACAUCGAUGUCAAGAACAUCACGACCCAAGAAGCUGAGGUUUGGACACUAUGCAGGAUUUUCAAGAGAAAUGUAUCGUCAUACAGGAGGUGUACAUCAGAUUGGAGAUCAGAAGCUACUGUUAGAAGGGGGGCCGUUGAAGCAAGCUCCAAGACCUGCAGUGUGGAGUCUGAUGAUCAGAGCAAUGAAAGUUACAUCGAUUUUCGAACGCCGGCGAUUCGACAGAACGAGAAGAAGCAUUUGGUUGGCCAUGGUUAUGAAGCCGACCAGCAGAUGGUUGCAGGCCAGUUGAACUCAAUAUCUGCGGCUCCAUCCAUGGCAUCAUCGUAUUCCAGUCUUAAUUAUGGUCAAGAAAUGAAUGAAUUCAAGUAUGGGGAUUGGGAUGAGCUCAGAUCGGUUGUGGAGUAUGCUGUUGAUCCGCUUCUAACAUAAUAAUCACACCCUCACCCACACACGCACACAUAUAUAAAUAUAUACAUGGAUAAUGAUUUUAUUUAUAUGGAUAAUAAUUUCGCUAUCCUAAAUACACGACCACAGAAUGGGCGGAAGGGACAUUUUUCUACCUCGGCAUGCGAAUUUCACUCUCCAAUUCCGAAGUCAGUAUCACUGUCCCAUAAAGAUAUGUAUGUAUAUACAGGCUUGUAGGGUAAGUUCUUUGCUUUGAACUUGAGAGUAUAUCUAUCUUCUUCAUCAUCAUCAGCUGGUGAUGGGUAUGUUUUGAGUUUUUUUCAAAACUGGGCUGCGCUUUGCCUGUCUUGACCGACCAAGUAGUAUUAUUAAUUCCCUGUCUCCAUGUUUCACUUAUAUUUGCAUCAUAAAGAGAUAACGUAUUAUUCUACUUUGGAAUUAUCGUCCUUGCACGGUCACUGCCGCUCUAUUCUACCUUGUAUUAUAAUAAAGUGGCUUUUGUUUGUUUGUU